AUGCAAGCACCACCAAGCUCAACGAUCCAGAUUCCCGAAACAUACACGACCCCGGCAGACAGCCAUGUGCGAGUCACCAACCACCCGGAAUCUGCUCCUGGAGUGACACCCAUCCUCAUCGUGAGCCUGAACCGGCCUGAUAAACUCAACUCCUUCACCGGCGAAAUGAUAACGGGGCUGGAGUCCUUUUUCCGGGUCGUCGAUUGCGACAGCCGGGUCAAGGUCGUGAUCCUGACAGGGGCGGGACGGGCGUUCAGCGCCGGCAUUGAUUUGAACCUCGACGCCGCUCCGCCCAAGGACAUCCCCAUCACGGACAUUCGAGACACGGGUGGGAGGCUGGCGUUGUCCAUGUACAACUGCAGCAAGACGGUGAUCGUGGCAUACAACGGGUUGUCCGUCGGCAUUGGGAUGACGGCCACCCUCGCAGCAGGUAUCAGGAUCGCAAGCCCCAAAUCGCGCUUCGGGUUCCCCUUUUCCCGCAUCGGCCUGACCAUGGAGUCGGCGAGCUCCUUCUUCCUGCCACGCAUGGUCGGCUACGGCCGCGCGACGUACCUCCUGACCACGGGGGCCACGUACCCGGCCGACUCCAAGGCCCUGGACGGCAUCUUCUCCGAGCUGGUCCCGGAGCCCAAGGACGUGCUGCCGCGCGCCGUGCAGCUGGCCGAGGAACUCGUCGAGCGCGUCAGCACCACGGCCAUCCACCUGAACCGCCAGCUCAUCUGGCGCAACGCUGGGUCUGCAGAGGCCGCGCACCUCGUCGACAGUCCCUUGCUGGCCCACCAAUUCUCUUCCAGGGACCACGCCGAAGCCAAACGCGCCUUUUUCGCCUCUGGCAAACCAGACUUCCAGGACCAACUCGACAAGGACGCCCCCGUCACGUAUCCCUGGUGGACGGCGCCGGCCGUCGACCCCAGACCUGCCGUGACACAUGCGGCCACUCCGAAAUCCAGGCUCUAA